UGCAUUGUUGUGUGCGUCAUUGAGUGGACCUCUCUGGAGAAAAUCAAGGGAAGGGAGGAUACAAAUUAGAGAAGGGGAUGAUGGAAGAAGGGAAGCUGAAUCUGUGACUUGCAGAAAGGGACUAAGAGCAACGUGUGGCCGCAGGAGGUGCUAAAAUAGUCCAGGUUGUUUGACUUUUUGGAAUACCUUGUUGUUUAGGUUCUCUGGGCCUUAAGGUGCUUAAUGAUGCAUUCAAGAUGACCUGUAUUCCCGCCUCACACAGUUUGAAUCACACUCUAGGUCAAGGUGAAUCUCAGAUGGAUGACAGUCCAGCUGGGAGAAGAGGGAGCAAAGUCUACCAAAUCUUCCCUGAAGCCAACACAAAUGAGGAUCCAGAUUCCAGCUCCAUGCCCGAGGAUUUUCUUUACAAAAGGGAGCGUCUUCCCUCUAUAGUUGUAGAGCCCAUUGAUCACAGGCUGCCGGAGGGCGUAGAGCGCUUGGCCAACAAUUUAGAGGAAGAGGAGGAGGAUGACAGAGCAGAUCACACAGAAGACUCCGCUGAUGGAGAGCAGGAGCACACACGGAUGGAAGAAAGCACGACUGUGAGAAAGUCUUCGAUUGGACCAUCCCAGAGUCAACUGUGCCUCUCCCGGCUGACCCCUCCGGCCUCCCCCACCCACAUCGAAGCUGCCCCACCCUGCCAGAGGAGCUUAAACAGGACAACCAGCGAGGACUGAUAGCACUGAACUGUGUGGGACCCUUAUAAAAUGGAACCUCUGCAUGUUUGAAACCAUUUGGAAAAUAUGCACAAAACUAUGUGAGCUAAAUAAGGCCCAUCUCAAAGCUGAUUCCAGUACUGUUAUUUUUGGAUUGAUAAAUCUAGUUUAAAAUGAUCUCAUAUGAGGUUAACUGCUGCCGUUUGCCGGCAUGGCCUAACCAGAGACUGUAGCAAAAACAACCAGGACUAUUUACUCAAAUAGUCAAAUCCCAGAAAAUAGGCAUGAGAUAAUUACCAUUAUGGGCGAGUUUACUACAUGCAACCAGUUGUAGUGGCCUAUGUGGGUGUUUUUAAAGGGAGUACUUUAGGAAGAUUGUUCCAGUGGUAAAAAUAAUCCCCCUGACUGAACCCUCAAAAUAUGGAUACAAUUGGAUACUUGUGUGCAGUCCCUCCAAAAUAAUACAAAUUAUACAGGGAAGUCACUUCAAUGUGAAUUAUGAAAUGAUGCUUGAUACAUCAACAAAUGUAUAGGUCGGUCCACCCCUAUUAAAAAAAAGGGACAAUAAGAUAAUAUGUUUGUUGAGAAUUUGGUGAGCCAAGUUGUUUGAUGUGUUUCUUAUCCCCAAAAUAUAUAUUUUCAAAUGAGGUUUGAGGUUCCCAGAUUAUUGCAAUUUAGAGUUUCACACAUGCAUUUCCAUCAUGUCCUUCUUUGUUAAAUUUGGUGAGGAUGAAGAAAUAUUUUAAAUGGUACACAUGCUGCUAUUGACAGCUGAUUGACAGUUGAAUCCAGAGGUUGUUGAGAAUUGUAUAAUAAAAGAAAAGACCAACGUUGAAUGUGUUUUAUUAUGUUUAGUGAUAACCCCAGGUGUAUAGGCACCUUUCCUUAUGGUCAGGUCAGUCUGGCUGGCUAUUGUACAACACUGCAUUUGCAAUUUUUGCGAAAAAUGAUCAUAUGAGGGACUUUUCACUCUGGUGGCGUAGAAAGAGCAUUGACUGUUACACGACAAUGCAUGGGUUUGCCUUGCUAGCUACUUGACAGCACAAACAAAACCCCUGAGAGGCACAGCUUACUGACACUAGCUUGCAACAACAGCAACAACAGCAACAACAACACUCAAACACACACAGUGUACUUUACAUGCAGGUGCCCUGACACCAGAGAGCAAUAUAAGUUACCAAGUGACCAUGUGAUUACAGCCCCUGGCCUCUAGAUGGCAGCCGAGCAACACACACCACUGGCAUGAGGUUCAGUCCCUCAUGGUGAACAUAUUUACAUGAAGUUUAGUAUUAAUAUUCCAAAGAGUGUGUAGACUCCUCACUAGUCAUUUGUGUUCUAAUGCAUGCAGGGAUUUUUGGUGACUUGGUAUAUCCAUAACUGCUGUAUGUGGUAUCUAUGUGUACUAUAAUUCAGAACUGUUAUAAUGAUAACAGUUCUGAAUUUGAGUGCACUCAACAAAAAAAACCUCACUGUGGGAUUUCUUUUACCCCAACUUAGAAUAUGUCAUAUCCUUAUGUUGUAAGCUGGCAUUUCAGUUUUAAUAUUUACUUAGAUGAACUGACAGUUUUAGCUCAUACUUGAUCCCAAUGCCCUAAUCAAACCAUCCCAUGAGGACAGGCAACCACAGAGUUAUGCUGACCAACUGCAGUUUGAAUCAUGUUCACAGGAUUUAAGGGAAACCAAGAGACAGGUGGCCUGGGGACUGAAGAGCAGGGAACAAGAAACUUCAGAUGGCUGUUCUGGGGGCCGGGCAGGACUAUGAGGUGUCUUUUAUUUUAUAUUUGAUCCUGUAUGCAUGUUUGUUGUGUGUUUAUGACACCUUUCAUAGUCAUGCAACCCUGUGUGAUAAAAUAAAUAAAUGAAGGCUUAACCUCAAAACCUAUGCUCCAGAGAAAUACUGUUGGUGUGUUGAUGAUAGCAGCAUCAGUCCCCCAGCAAUGUGUACCUACAGUAUGUGCAUGCAAUGAGAUGUAUCAAACUGCAAGCUGGAAUGUGUUUAUGUGGAACUAGAGUGCAAAUGAUUCCAGGCAGCUGAUGCUUACAUUGCUGUCCCUUUCAAUUAUUAUGAAGGCCACAUUAAGAUGAAAAUAAUCACUUCUAGCACCACACCAUGUCACAUGUGUUUUCUGCCUGUUUUUGCAUUGUGCGUCUGAGGUAAUUGCUGACUGCGGUCACAGGUUUGGUCGGAUCUCAAAUAACUUAAGUAGUGAAAUUUAAUACAUCUAAGAUCUGUCCAAACCUUUGAACAAAGCAGUUGACGUGAUCUUAUACUGUACAUUGACUGCUCUGGAGAACCAUCAUUCCAGAUUAUCCUCCGCCUUCACUAGGACCCUUUAGCUGUGCCAGCUAAAAAAAAUAACAGGGAAUUUAAUAAAAAGUAUUAUGUCAACAGGUUAGUUGAAAGCAACAACAUUAAGUUGAACCUACAUUUUUUCAUUCAAACAUAACAUUAUUACUUUCAGCUCACCUAAUACAACUAUGUAUUCUCUGUUUACACAAACAUUUAUUUAAGUCAACGUUUAAUUUUUCAGUAAAAUGGUGAUGCUUCUUUCCCUGCUCCAUGUUUACAGAUGGUUGGGUCACCAUUGGUCACAAUUCCAUGCUGUUUCAUGAAGGAAGGCCAACCGAGCUUGUUGGUGGUUAAUGAUGCCAUCACAGGACGAACAACAAAGCUGCCAGCCUUGUUGGGAUUCUAGCGGAAAUCCUAAAGGCUGAAGGGGCUCAUGUAGAGGGUUGCUUCGGCCGUUGCCAACUUCGCCUGACCUCUUGCUCAUCCAAAAAUGGGCAAGAGGUGAAGUUUCAGUGAGCUGUGGCGGGCCUGGGUGACAGCGAAUAGCUAUAUGAGGGCAUCUAACCGUCACUCAAAGUGGCCAGGCCCUUUUUAAUGCACACAUUUAAGCCUUCAUUUAAUUAAAAUAAAAGUGAUAUAACAAUUCCCCUCCUGUACCGUUGUCAUGAAGGGGGAUUUAGACCAAAUCCCUUUUAGUACCAGGCUGUAAAACAUGUUUAUUUCUGGAAUUUAUUUGGGCAUUACAUAGGGGUCUAAGGUUAUUGAAUCCUAUUAUGCCUACCUCAGAAGGGCAUCUGAGAAACUGCAGUUUUUGGCACUUGGAUGCAUAUCAUAGAAAACUUCGGUUAGUUAAUAACUAAUAACAAUUCUUCAAUUUCCCUGUUUAAUUAAUGACUUAUUUAUGAUAUAGUCUUCAUUGAAACCUUUUAUAUGGUUUUGAAGAAAGCAGAGUCAAUAUUCUAAACGAAACACCCUCCAUUUCUCCCACAUAUCAGCACUCUCCACAGUACUGCUCCAAUGAGUGUUGUUUGAUUUCUCAGGAAGAGUCCCGACUUGGAGGGAGCUGUACUACCAAGGAACCAUCUUUGUUACCCCUGGUCUACCUACAGUAAGCACAUAAGAGUCCUGGAAGCCUACCACCAGAUAUGCCUGUCAGAACCUUGCUUCUACUCGAAAGAGAACGCACAAACAUUAGUGUUUUUGAAGCAAAUAUCGUCAACCUUUUCACUUCUACCAUUUAACACCAGAACAGAUGGACAUGCCUGAUAAAAGUGUCUCAAAAUAGGUUUCCUAUGCAGGACUACAAGCUGGCCAAGAGCGCCUGGAGAACAGAAAAAAUCAUUUCAAAGACAACAUCAGGAUCAAGAAUUCCACAUUAACAGCUCUAACUGGGAAGACUUGCUCAAAACAGAACCGCACGAAGAAACGGUUUACACAAAGAAGCCACACUGUAAGAAUUAUCUCCCACAGGCUGCCAGAGUCAAGCAGCAGUAGAGAACUGAGAGAGUCAAUGUAGAGUUAAUGUCCAGGAAUUCACAUUAUAAGCAGCCAUGACAGAUGCUGGUAUUGUUUUCACCUUGUGAGUCUAUGUUUUUGUCUGUGGAAAGAUUUUGGUGAAAGCAACUAUAUGAAAGAUGCAGUCAUGAAUCUUUACAGAUGUGUGGCUGAGAUCAAAAUAAAGGUUGCAUUUAAAGAUG